AAUGAAGAUUACUUUGAGAAGAUGCUUUAAAAAUCCCCUUUGAGAUCUAAUGCCUGAUGUGAAUAAAAUGAUGGUGACUUGUUACUGGCCUUUAUUCUUGAAACAUUUUCAGAGAACGCAGCACUUUGGGGAAAAACUAGUGAGUCAUCAGAUUAUGGAUUCUGGCUACCUACUCAUGCUAUUGAUGGAUUGUUAAACACCUGGGCCCACACCAAAUUAGAGACUGACCCCUGGUGGAGAGUGGACCUACUGAAAGUCUACAGAGUGAACAGAGUCACCAUCACCAAUAGAUAUAACUAUGCUUCUAGGAUUAAUGGGGCAGUGAUUCGUAUUGGAAACUUUCUGGACGUUUACAGCAACACCAUAUGCGGUGUGAUUUCUACUCUUGCGGACAAUGCCACAGCCACUUUCUCAUGCGGUGGGAUGGUGGGACGUUACGUGGUUAUUCACCUUCCCGGAGACGAAAAGUUUCUUACCCUUGCUGAAGUUGGAGUCUACGGGUAUUUGGCAGGAAAUCGUGCAGUAGGAGCAGCCGUAAUACAGUCUUCGACAUUUGCGGACUGGUUUGCUGAAAAGGCCAUUGACAGUAAUCGCGGCUUCCAGCAGUUGAAUACAACAUGCACCUCAACCCUUAAUGAGUCUAACCCAUGGUGGAGGCUGGAUCUGCUUGACGUUUAUCGAGUUAGUGAAGUGGUCAUCACUAACAGAAAUGACAGCUAUGCAGAACAAAUAAACGGAGCGGAAAUUCGGAUUGGAAACUCUUUGGAGAACAACGGCAGCAACAAUCCUAUAUGUGCUGUUAUUCCUGCUAUUCCAGCAGGUGAGUCCUACAGCUACUCGUGUAGUGGGAUGGAGGGACGUUACGUGAACCUAAUCAUUCCUGGAGACAUGAAGACACUCACUCUGUGUGAGGUGAAGGUCUAUGGAGAAGGUCCUUGUUUAAAAAAAAAACAUUUGUAAAAAUUCAAUUUAAAUCCAGCAAUGAUUUGACCGACCCUACAAUGAGAGAAAAUUUUCUGAAACAGGUGAGAG